GGAACACGUGAAAGCGAGGCCCAGCUUUUAAAGUUAAUACGCUUAGGUAAGGUAGACAUAGAAAUUCACGUGACUACGAUCAACAGAAAUACGAGUUCGGAAUAGUGGAACUUAGGUAAUCGUCCUCAAACUGAGAGUUAGCCCAUUGUCAUGUGACCAAAUGCGGCCGUGCCAAGACAUCCGUAAGCGGAAAAGUUGAAGACAGCGAUGAGAAGGAGAAGCGGACGAUAGAAGGGAAGGGAAAAGGGACGAAAAGACAGGAUGUCGUUGAUCAAUGAGACGCAUGAUUCGCUUCCAUACAUCGACGAGGACGUGACGCCUCAGGUGCGUGCAGAGCUCAGCAGGCUCAUUGACGCCGAGCUCCCUGCAGACUACCGGUCGACUCUCCAUCCAUCUCUGCCAAAGCUCCCGCCGACCAAGUUUUCGCCUUUGAUCGAGCAGGAGCUUGAGAGAAAAGCGAGAAACGAACCCAUCUCCGGUGGAGUUGAUCUGUCUCGAUAUGAAGCUCCAGAGAUACCUCCUUCCUCCACAGACCCGAAUGCCAACCCUGCCACCGUUAUAGACGACUGGAAACAGACUCUGCGACGCGCAUACGCCGCACAUCUUCAUCUGUCCACCAGAAAGGAGAACCUAGCUUUGCUAGAAGCCCAUGGCAAGAACGCGUGGUUGAUUGGCAACAUGCAGCUAGAGGAGAUCCUGCGACGCACUGAAAAGGAGCUGCACGAUACCACUGAGGCCACAGAGGCAAUUAAUCGAGAGAGGAAGCUAAGGCAAGAGAGCGUCAGGGGAGAACUAGCGGCUCUGGAAGAUACAUGGAGACGGGGAGUGAGCGGAACUUUGAAUGUUGAGAUUGCAGCCGAGAAACUUAGGAGGGACAUUCUAGACAUGAGGCGGCAGCAAGCACAGUCGUAGAAUGAGUGGUGUGUGCUUAUCGAGCUACAACAUAAGGGCAAUGCUCGGGUACGGCCACACCGUACGAGAAGCCCCCUCAAAACCUGGCGUACAAGGUGCUGGGUUUUGGCGAACGCAGAAGUUGUGUCAGUCCCGUUCGUUAGGGGUAUUCUCUGAUAAUGCCUGCCUGAACCUCUCAGGAAGGCCGAGUCAGGCCAAGUGUACAGGCGAGACUACAGUUAUCGAGCCGACGUUAGCCAUCAAUCAGCCUGUCCACCAUGAACAGGCCCUGUCAGAUAUUUGGACUGUACUAGUAUAAGCAGGCUAGGAACUAGAACCAGGGACAUACACGACACAACAUCAACAUUCGGUAAUAGAGAUUAGCCGUUUGAACACUCUAUUUCAUGCCAUUAUAUGAUCGCAGCUCUUUGUCUUUUCUUCUUCUCAACGGCCAGCCAGGGCUAAGGUUUCAGUGAUGUAUACCCCGUACUGGAACAUCCAGACAGGCCUCUCAGUUUUCGUGUCAUUCGGCCUCGUAGCCCUUUAUAAGAAUCUACCUACUGCUUCGCUACCAAAG